AUGGCGAUUCUAUAUAGUAAUUUACCAAACAUUAGUUUAAGAUUUUUAUCCGUAACUUCAGGAAUUUUGAUGAUAACAUCAGGAAUAUUAAAUAUUUUUAAUUUAUUUCAAAUAGUUUUAAAUUUAUACAUAAUAUGUUCGGGGGUUUUGUUAAUUUUAUGUGAUAUAAAAACUUUUCGUUUUUAUAGAUUUAUUGAAUUUUUAUUUACAGUAAUUGGUAGAUGUCUUUAUAUUCUUAUAAUAGGAUCUAUUAUAAUUAACAAAUCAUUCCUUAAUAUAUUAAUUGGUCUAAUUAUAAUUAUUAUUUCACUUUUAUAUUUAGUUCUAGGAUAUUAUAAUGGAAUACCUGUACCAUUAAUGGACAAAAAUUAUAUUAGCAGAUUUACAGAAAGUAAAAAUAACAUGAGUUCAUGUUCUUUGGAAACCACUCAUGAAUUAAGUUUAGAUGGAAAAAAAUAG